AUGAAGAAGGAAUCGAGAAUACUCUUGCUGGGUUUGGAUGCAGCUGGCAAAACUACCAUUCUCUACAAACUAAAACUCGGUGAAACUACAGUGACAAUUCCAACCAUCGGUUUCAAUGUAGAAACUAUUGAAUAUAAGAACAUUAUCUUCACCAUGUGGGAUGUUGGAGGUCAAAAGGUUAUUCGAAACCUUUGGUAUCACUACUACCAUGGAACUCAAGGU